GCAAGGACCUGAAAAAGCUCCUGGACUUGCCUAUCCACAAAACAAAAGCACCUCUUCUUCUAAACUUUAUUCCUACGUACAAAUCCACUAUGCCCGACGUCCCGAAGAAGAAGAAGAAGAGUCUUUCUCCACCUUCUGCCACAACUCAUCCCACUGCUUCUACAUCACGAGCAGACCAAGGAUCCACUUCUGACCCAGCUGAUCUGCCAUCUACUUCAGCCCCAUACUUAAUCCCAAUACCAGAAAGAAAACGUCGGCAACGACUUGUCAAGACUGCUGAGAUGGGUCGCGCGAAGCCUGUUGCUGUUGAUCUCUUAGCCGACCUACCUGCUGACGUUGAUGCUGUUCCAACUCAAUCCAUGCCCCCACCAAAGCCAAAAAGAAUAAAAAAGGCUCAGCCCAAGGCUAAAGCCACUGUAGUUGAGACUAAAGAUACUCUGCCAGUUUCACAAUUGGCUGGGAGUAAGAAGACUUCUUCUGCUCCUGCAAAAUGGUCUGCUGAAACCCAACCCUCUGAGUCCACACAAUCAAAGAAGCUGAGGUCAUCGUCUGCGACGACCUCGGGUUCCAGAAUACCAAAAGUCCCCUGGACACCUGAGAUUACUCUAGAAGAUAAGCCUGUCCUUGCCAGCGACAGCGCCAAUGAUAUAAAUGUCGGCGUGGCACUCAGUACUGCUCUACUCCUCCCAGGCGAUCUUGAGCGGAAUGCCAAGAUGAGUGAGUAUGAGAACUACGCCUUAAUGCUCCAGCACUCAGUUCAAGCCAUCCAGCAUGCUCAUUCGUUUUCAGUGCAAUCUUUUAAGAACCGGGAAAGGAUGACCGAGAUGAAGAAGGAGUUUUCUGCCCUGCAGAAGACCAACAAAGGUCUUCAACUAAAAAUGAAGAAGCUGGAAGACUAGGCCGAGGCUGCAACUAAGGCCCAACAGAUAGCCGA